AUGUUGAAUAAAAAUUCCAUAAGAUUCAUUGUGGUGCUAUUAAUAAGUGUUGGCGAUGCCGGUAGUAAAAAUAAUAAUGAAAGUCUCGCAACUAAUCACAAAGUAAAGCAACAAAUUAAUAAUACAACACAGACGCCAAUUACCCAUUCCGUGCCAAUGAACUUUGCUAAAAAUGAUUUGCUUUAUUUGAGCGAGCUUCCAUUAGAGCAAUUACUAAAAGUUAAAAAAUCAAUUGAUGAAAUUCAACAAGUUAAUCAACGUGUGGAUGAACAUCCAAUUGGUGUUGUGGAGGAGACAGGAACGACUGAAUCAGCCAUUAUGGAAAGCCGGAUUAUUAAUGAUUCUGGUUUUGGAAAUGAAAAGAGAAGGCAGAAUGGUGCAUUGCCAAUGGCUAUAAAUCAGAAUCUGCAGCAACAGCAGAGACAAUUAACUAUUAAUAGGAAAACUGGCUUUGGAGGAGGCUCUAGUGGACUAGAAACACCAUGGGACAGCAAACCAAGCAAAAUCCAAACAUUCUUUCAACUAUCUGUGACUGCUUUAGCAUUUCUAGCUUUUGCCGGCUAUCUACUAUGUAUGAUUGUUCAAGCUAUUAAAGCUAAAGGCACAACGCUCCUAAUGUCAAACACUUUAUCAAAUGCAUCAACAUCAAAUACGAUGAAUAGUCUAGUAAACGCGGGAUCUAUUCCACUACGCCGACGUAGACGUCCAAUUACAGUUACAGGACGAAGACGAAAAAGAAAUACAGCAUUUUUGUCAUCUGACAAUCGUAAUGAUACAAUAUCGUCAAUUUAUGCAGAAUCAAUGAACAUGAAUAAUCCAUAUGAUGGAGAUAUGUACAAUGCAAUGAUAUCUAUUGCUGAAGGCUAUGUAAAGCUUCACUUUUUUGAGUAAAUAAAAAUUUGUUUGUAAAACAUAAAAAAUUGACUAAAAUUUACCUUGCUGGAUCAUACAUUUGAUUUGGAUUACGUGAAAUUCGCUUCAUUCCAUACAUUGAAUAUUGAUCGUCUAUGAGCAUCGCGUCACU